UUUUAGGGGCUGAUGUUAUCAACUUUGAUGGCCAUGUUGUGUUACCAUAUAGAUUCAGGAACAAGAAGAUGAAAACACUAAAAGAUGUCAUUGCCUUGAAAUUUAAAACCACCGAAAGUGAAGGAGUAAUCUUGCAUGGAGAAGGACAGCAAGGGGAUUACAUUACUUUGGAACUGAAAAAAGCCAAGCUGGUCUUCAGUUUAAACCUCGGAAGCAACCAGCUUGGCCCCAUCUAUGGCCACACGUCCGUGAUGACAGGGAGUCUGCUGGAUGAUCACCACUGGCACUCUGUGGUCAUUGAGCGCCAGGGCCGGAGCAUUAACCUCACCCUGGACAGGAGCAUGCAGCACUUCCGCACCAAUGGAGAGUUCGACUACCUGGACUUGGACUAUGAGAUAACUUUUGGAGGCAUACCCUUCUCUGGUAAGCCAAGUUCCAGUAGUAGAAAGAAUUUCAAAGGCUGCAUGGAAAGCAUUAACUACAAUGGCAUCAACAUAACUGAUCUUGCGAGAAGGAAGAAGCUAGAGCCCUCAAAUGUGGGAAAUUUGAGUUUCUCCUGUGUGGAGCCCUACACAGUGCCUGUCUUUUUCAACGCUACCAGUUACCUGGAGGUCCCCGGACGGCUGAACCAGGACCUGUUUUCGGUCAUUUUCCAGUUCAGGACUUGGAACCCCAAUGGUCUCCUGCUUUUCAGUCACUUUGCGGAUAAUUUGGGCAACGUGGAGAUUGACCUCACUGAAAGCAAAGUUGGCGUUCACAUCAACGUCACACAGACCAAGAUGAGCCAAAUAGACAUUUCCUCAGGUUCUGGGUUGAAUGAUGGACAAUGGCAUGAGGUUCGUUUCCUAGCUAAGGAAAAUUUUGCUAUUCUCACCAUUGAUGGAGAUGAGGCUUCAGCAGUUCGAACUAAUAGUCCUCUUCAAGUUAAAACUGGCGAGAAGUACUUUUUUGGAGGUUUUCUGAACCAGAUGAAUAACUCAAGUCACUCUGUCCUUCAGCCUUCAUUCCAAGGAUGCAUGCAGCUCAUUCAAGUGGAUGAUCAACUUGUAAAUUUAUACGAAGUGGCACAAAGGAGGCCAGGAAGUUUUGCGAAUGUCAGCAUUGACAUGUGCGCCAUCAUAGACAGAUGUGUGCCCAAUCACUGUGAGCAUGGUGGGAAGUGCUCACAAACGUGGGACAGCUUCAAAUGCACUUGUGACGAGACGGGAUACAGUGGGGCCACCUGCCACAACUCUAUCUAUGAGCCUUCCUGCGAAGCAUACAAACACCUAGGCCAGACAUCAAAUUACUACUGGAUAGAUCCUGAUGGCAGCGGACCUCUGGGGCCUCUGAAAGUUUACUGCAACAUGACAGAGGACAAAGUGUGGACCAUAGUGUCUCACGAUUUGCAGAUGCAGACGACAGUGGUGGGCUACAACCCAGACAAAUACUCGGUGACACAGCUCAUUUACAGCGCCUCCAUGGACCAGAUCAGCGCCAUCACCAGCAGUGCUGAGUACUGUGAGCAGUAUGUCUCCUACUUCUGCAAGAUGUCCAGGUUGUUGAACACCCCAGAUGGAAGUCCUUACACCUGGUGGGUUGGCAAAGGCAACGAGAAGCACUACUACUGGGGCGGCUCCGGGCCCGGAAUUCAGAAAUGCGCCUGCGGCAUCGAGCGGAACUGCACAGACCCCAAGUACUACUGUAACUGUGAUGCGGAUUACAAGCAGUGGAGGAAGGACGCUGGCUUCUUAUCCUACAAAGAUCACCUGCCCGUGAGCCAGGUGGUGGUUGGAGAUACCGACCGGCAAGGCUCGGAAGCCAAGCUGAGCGUGGGUCCCCUGCGCUGCCAAGGAGACAGGAAUUAUUGGAAUGCUGCCUCUUUCCCAAACCCAUCAUCCUACCUGCACUUUUCUACUUUCCAAGGGGAAACCAGUGCUGACAUUUCCUUCUACUUCAAAACAUUAAUCCCCCGUGGAGUGUUCCUUGAAAAUCUGGGGAACACAGAUUUCAUCAAACUCGAGCUGAAAUCUGCCACAGAAGUGUCCUUUUCAUUUGAUGUCGGAAAUGGGCCGGUGGAGAUUGUGGUGCGGGCGCCCUCCCCUCUCAAUGAUGACCAGUGGCACCGGGUCACCGCAGAGAGGAAUGUCAAGCAGGCCAGCCUACAGGUGGACCGGCUGCCGCAGCAGAUUCGCAAGGCCCCAACAGAAGGCCACACCCGCCUGGAACUCUACAGCCAGCUGUUUGUUGGUGGUGCUGGAGGCCAGCAGGGCUUCCUGGGCUGCAUCCGCUCCCUGAGGAUGAAUGGAGUGACACUGGACUUGGAGGAAAGAGCAAAGGUCACAUCUGGAUUCAAAUCUGGGUGCUCAGGCCACUGUACCAGCUAUGGGACCAACUGUGAGAAUGGAGGCAAAUGCAUAGAAAAAUACCAUGGUUAUUCCUGUGAUUGCUCCAAUACGGCAUAUGAUGGAACUUUUUGCAACAAAGAUGUUGGCGCAUAUUUCGAAGAGGGGAUGUGGCUACGGUAUAACUUCCAGGCAUCCGGGGUCAGUGCCAAAGAAUCGGGCAGUAGAUCGGAGAGCUCCCCCGAUCAGCAGAACUCGUCGCCGGACCUGGCCCACGAGGAGAUCCGUUUCAGUUUCAGCACCAGCAAGGCGCCCUGCGUUCUCCUCUACGUCAGUUCUCUCACCACCGACUUCUUGGCGGUUCUCGUCAAACCCACCGGAAACUUACAGAUUCGGUACAACCUGGGUGGCACCAGAGAGCCAUAUAAUAUUGAUGUAGACCACAGGAACAUGGCCAAUGGACAACCCCACAGUGUUAACAUCACCCGGCGCGAGAAGACCAUAAUUCUCAAGGUUGACCAUUAUCCUUCUGUGAGUUACCACCUGCCAAGUUCAUCUGACACCCUGUUCAACUCUCCCAAGUCGCUCUUUCUAGGAAAAGUUAUAGAAACAGGGAAGAUUGACCAAGAGAUUCACAAAUACAACACUCCAGGAUUCACUGGGUGCCUCUCCAGAGUCCAGUUCAACCAGAUUGCCCCUCUCAAGGCGGCCUUGAGGCCAACAAACGCCUCGGUUCACGUCCACAUCCAGGGCGAGCUGGUGGAGUCCAACUGCGGGGCCUCCCCGCUGACCCUCUCACCCAUGUCGUCUGCCACCGACCCCUGGCACUUAGAUCACUUGGAUUCAGCCAGUGCUGAUUUUCCAUAUAAUCCAGGACAAGGCCAAGCUAUAAGAAAUGGAGUCAACAGAAACUCCGCUAUCAUUGGAGGGGUCAUUGCUGUGGUGAUUUUCACCAUCCUCUGCACCUUGGUCUUCCUCAUUCGGUACAUGUUCCGUCACAAGGGCACCUACCACACCAAUGAAGCGAAGGGAGCAGAGUCAGCAGAGAGCGCGGAUGCUGCCAUCAUGAACAACGACCCCAAUUUCACAGAGACCAUUGAUGAGAGCAAAAAGGAAUGGCUCAUUUGAGGGGUGUCUAUUUGGCUAUGGGAUAGGGAGGGGGAAGUUAUUAGGGAGGAGGGAAAGGGACAAAAGCACCCUGCGUCAUACUCUUGAGCACAUCCUUAAAAUAUCAGCACAAGUUGGGAGAGGCAAGCAACAGAAAAUUCUUGCGACUGAUUGCCACAAAAAAUACUUUUUACUAUUUCUUUAUAGCUGAGUUUUCCCCUUCUGUAUGAAAACAAAAUAAUACAAAAAAUGCUUUUAGAGUUUAAGCAAUGGUUGACAUUUGUAGGUAAUAUCUGUCUUAUUUUGUGUGUGUUUAGAGGUGUUCUAAAAACCCAUGGUAACAGGGCAAGUUUUCUACAUUUUGAAGAGCCCUUGGAAUGUGGAAAUUUUUUCUUGAGAAAAGCUGAUGCGCAUACAUAUGGUCUCUAGCAUUCUCUUCCUUUUGCAUAUAGUCAACUUUUAACGGGCUAUUGUAGUAACUAGUUCAUGUCAUAUAAUAUUUCCUUUGGUGUCCUGUAAAUUGGAAAAAGAAAGGGGCAAAGAGAACCUAUUAUUUGCCAGUUUUCAAAGAGAUCUCAAUUUAUGCCAAUUCUCUGAAAUUCCCGCCUGAAGCAGUUGAAGGAAGAAAGUACAUGGCACCAGUCGUGUAAUGACGUAAUCAACACAAUGGAAAGAAGCAUUAGUAACCAGGGAAGUAGUUUCAUAUUGGGAUUGUUGGUUUUAUUUUUCAUCGAAUUCUACGAGAUAAUAUUGUUCCAUGUAUGUAGUCUUAGACCUGUUCAAUAUCUGUAACUAUCAGCUAUAAUACCGUGGUGACCAGCUGUUACAAAAGAUUUUUCCUCUGCUUUACCUGCAACGUAUUGGGCUAUAUUAUGUGUGUGUGUAAGCACCUUGGUGGGGAAUUAGAGCCAGAUGUUAUGAUUUGUUUGUUCUGUUUCUUUUAUAGUUGUAGCAAGAGUAUGGACACUUUCUAGUGAAUGCAUAAAUUAGGUUGCUCUUCUUAUUUUGCUUUAAAUCUCUAGUUUUUAAGCCCCUGUGACAAAAUCCUAGCAGGCAGUGUCCUUGAAUGGACACCUCACAAUAAAAUCAAGUUAUGAUUGCUAUUACUAUUUCUGUUACUCGGGAAUCACAUGGAAAACACUGCCGUAUUUUGUCAUCUACUCCAUGUAUUGUUCCAUCCUAAACAGACACACUCCCGUGAUUUGGGAUCUUCCUUGGCAGAUACAGUUGAACCUCUGGUUCAUCACAAACCUGGUAACUGAUUGUUGCUUCUCAGAGAAUGGACAUGUCUAGUCCAUCACCCCUCAGUUUAAUCAGGAAUCUUAUCCAACUUACUCCAACAAAUAACUCAUUGUUUCAUU